UGGUUACAACUGCGCAGGGCACUUGAGGUGUGCCAUCCGGUUCACUGUAACAAAAAUCUCUUUUUGACUUUUCAUUCUGGUGAGUCGCCGGUGAUGCUGCAAAUGAUUUGUAUCAGUGGCAUUCCCAUUCUCGUGUAAAGCAAUGUCUACCGACGGAGAAGCAAGAUUUGUAGAGGAUAUCUUUUGGGUAGUCUACUUUGCAAGAGAACACAGGAUGUGUGGCUGUCUGUUAAAGCCCGGAGUCGCUUUGGCGCGCUGAAGGAUCGUAUGAUUGUCAGUUAUUUCACGUAGCGAGGCGAUCACCAAUCAAGGCAUACACACAGCUACGGUGAACGAAAAUCCACAUUUGUAGCGGACUUAAAGACCCGUAGGGUGCGCGCCCACCGGUUGCUGGGAUGAAACCCUCGCGGAGCAAUGGGAUGAGCCUCGAGACUCAUCGAGCGGAUUUGCUGUCCAACGGAGGCUGCGGGAUGUCAGACACCGUGACUGCUGUCCAAACCGAGACUGGUCCCGGAUCCCCAAUGACUGACAAACAGGGAGCGGGAGAAACUACAAACGCCAAAGGAAUCCCUAGGCGGAGCAGUAUUAUCAAGGAUGGGUCUCGUGCUGGUCGUGAGAGGAAGAAGACAGUCUCCUUCAGCAGCAGUCUCUCUGAGAGGAAGAUCAGCAGCGCUGCAGACUGCAUCAGCGCUAUGAUGGAGGGUACUGAGUUUCGGAAGGUGCGCUCCAACUCCCGGGUCUACCAACGCUACUACUUGCUGGAGUCAGGUCUGCAGGCCCUGCGAUGGGAGCCCUCCAAGAAGGAGUCAGACAAGGCCUGUAUUGCCGUCCCCUCCAUCAGAGAGGUCCGCACCGGCCGCAACACAGAGACCUUUAGGACCAACGGCGUCUAUGACCAGAUCUCUGAGGACUGUGCCUUCUCUGUCAUCUACGGAGAGACCUAUGAAGCUCUGGACCUGGUGGCUUACUCUGCAGAGGUGGCCAACGUCUGGGUCACUGGCCUGAGGUAUCUAAUUCUGUAUGGGAAGCAUGCCAUGGACAUGAUGGCCAGCAGUGAGGACAGCCUUCGUCUCGCCUGGCUAGCAGAGACAUUCUCCUCUAUGGUUGUGUCAGAUGGACAGGGUGGAGGAGAGGAGGAGGGGAUCAGUUUGCGAUCGGCUGUAGGACUGAUCAGGAGUGUUAACCCUGGGGUGAGGAGUGGGAAAGUGGAACACAGGUUUAAGGAGCUCCAUCGGCUCAAGGAGAGGACGAAUGUGGCGGGGACAACUGCAGUUGGAACUGAUGUUGGGACUGUGGCUGGAGCUGAAGCAAAGGUUGGCGCUUCAAUUGUAGCUGUAGCUGGGAUUGGCUCAGGAGCUGGCGAUGGGGACGGGGACAGGGUUCCAGCUGGGGCCGGAGCUGGCGAUGGGGACGGGGACAGGGUUCCAGCUGGGGCCGGAGCUGAGGAAAGGAAUGGGGAAGAGUCUGGAGCUGGGACUGGAGCAAACACAGACAACAGAAGAGGAGGAAUACAGGACAGGGUCACCAAGGAGGAGUUCAUUGAGGUCUUCCACGACCUUUGCACCCGACCGGAGAUCUACUUCCUUCUGGUGCAGUUCUCUAGCAACAAGGAGUUCCUGGAUACCAAGGAUCUGAUGAGGUUCCUGGAGGUUGAGCAGGGCGUGGCUCAGGUGACAGAAGACACCAGUCUGGAGCUCAUCCAAUCCCACGAACCGUCGGAGGAGGGCCGUCGCCAAGGCUGCCUCUCAUUGGACGGUUUCACCAGAUAUCUCACCUCCCUGGAGUGCCACAUGUUUGAACCGGAGCACAGCCAGGUGUGCCAGGACAUGAGCCAGCCCUUAUCCCACUACUACAUCAACUCCUCCCACAACACCUACCUCAUCGAGGACCAGUUCAGGGGGCCCACUGGCAUCACCGGCUACAUCCGAGCUUUAAAGAUGGGCUGCAGAUGUGUGGAGGUGGACGUCUGGGAUGGCCCUGACGAUGAACCCGUGGUUUAUACCGGUCACACCCUCACCUCGCCCGUCGUGUUCCACUGUGUCCUGGAUGUGAUCGGGCGUUUUGCGUUUGAGGCUUCGGAGUAUCCACUGAUCCUGUGCGUGGAGAACCACUGCUCCCCCUGCCAGCAGAGAGUCAUGCUCCAGCACCUGAGGAGGAUACUGGGGGAGAGGUUGUACACAGAGCCCCUCAGGGAAGGGGAGGGGUACCUGCCCUCGCCCAAUGCCCUGAGGGGCAAGAUCCUGCUGAAGGGGCAGAAGUUGGAGGAGGGGUGCGGGGGGGCUGAGGGGGACGUGUCUGACGAAGAUGAGGGGGCGGAGAUGUGCCAGAGAAUGAAGGCUGGUAACAGUGGAGGAGGAGGAGAAGGAGGGGGGGAGGAAGGGCAGAAAGGUGGUGGGGGUGGUGGUACUAGUAGCAUGAAAACUCUGACCCCUCCUCCUACCCCUAAACGGUUCCAGCUCCUAAAGGAGCUCUCUGACUUGGUGACUCUGUGCAAGUCGGUACGCUUCACAGACUUCCAGACGUCGUUCUCUACCCAGAAACCCUGGGAGCUCUGCUCGUUCAACGAGACCCUGGCUGUGCGCUGCGCCAGCGAGCGGCCGGGAGACUUUGUCAACUACAACAAGCGCUUCCUGUCGCGGGUCUACCCCAGCGCCAUGCGCAUCGACUCCAGCAACAUGAACCCACAGGACCUGUGGAAGUGCGGUUGCCAGAUUGUGGCUUUGAACUACCAGACGCCUGGAUUGAUGAUGGACCUUAACAUCGCCUGGUUCCGCCAGAACGGGAAUAGUGGGUACGUGCUGCGACCCGCCAUCAUGCGACAGGAAGUGUCGUAUUUCAGCGCCGAUACGAGAGACUCUGUGCCGGGUGUGUCCCCUCAGCUGCUCCAUGUUAAGGUGAUCAGUGGUCAGAACCUUCCCCGUCCGAGGGGUUCUGGAGCUAAAGGAGACGUGGUGGACCCGUAUGUCUACGUGGAGAUCCAUGGUAUCCCUGCCGACUGCGCCGAGCGCCGCACCCGCACAGUGAUGCAGAACGGAGACAACCCCAUCUUUGACGAGAGCUUUGAGUUCCAGAUCAACCUGCCCGAGCUGGCCAUGGUGCGCUUCGUGGUGCUGGACGAUGAAUUCAUAGGGGACGAGUUCAUAGGUCAGUACACCAUUCCACUGGAGUGCCUACAGCCAGGCUACCGGCACGUACCGUUACAGUCUCUGACGGGAGAGGACCUCCCGUACGCCCGGCUGUUCGUCCAUGUGGCCCUCACCAACCGGAGAGGAGGGGGCAAGUCCCACAAGCGUGGGCUGUCUGUGCGGAAGGCGAAGCGAGGGAGGGAGUACGCUGCACUCCGGGACCUGGGGAUCAAAGCCGUGGACGAGGUUUUCAAAAUGGCCACCCCGCCACUAAAGGAGGCCACGGACCUGCGGGAGAACAUGCAGAACUCGGUGGCAGUGUUCAGGGAGCUGUGUGGGGUGUCAGCGGUGGCUAACCUCAUGCAGUGUGUAUUGGCCCUGGGGUCCCGUGUGGUGGGGGCCGACGGGGACCCCCUGAUGCUGUUUGAGCUGAGGGAGCAGUACCCCUCCAUGGAGCCCCAGGGGCCCCUGCCGGACGUCCUACGCAGGGUAGUCUCCACCUUCGAAACGAUGAUCCAGGCGAGCAGAGCAGUGAUUGAGCUGUCAGACGGAGUCUACGACAGGAUCCUACAGAUACAGACAACAGCCAUGGAGUUCCAUGAGAUGUUGCAGUCCAUUGCAGUGAAGGAGGGGCUUAAAGGUCGUAAGGUCACCAGAGCUGUGGAAAGUUUCAGCUGGAACAUCACCAUACUGAAGGGGCAGGCAGACCUUCUGAAACGGGCUAAGACGGAGGUGCAGGAGAACAUGAAGCAGGUACACCACGCUGCCAUGACCUCUAACCUUAGUAAGGGCGUGACAGGAGAGGCGACCCGCCCCCGACGCAGCCUGGACGCCAUCCAGGAGAGAGCUACAGCUCCGGCUAGAGGUUCCCCUUAGGUACAGGUCUAGGACCAACUUACCCGCCUCAAAAUAGGGGAAAUGUAAAAUCUGACCUUAGUUCAGUUUCUAAGGGCACCCUCAUCCUUCUCUGAGGAUCAGCAGGUUGACUAGAACUGACAACCAAGUUGCUGAUAGGCUCCUUCUGCAUCUCGGCCAUUUUCUCCACACAACGAUGAAGAGGAGGAAGGAAGAUGGACUAAAAACAAUUGAAGAAAAAUACUUCUGUUAUAGCACUGUCAGGAGGGAGGAGUAACGUCGAAGACACUGGAGACAGGACUGUAGAGAGGAAUGAAGUCAGAGACAGACAAUCAGACUGCCCUGUCCCUUACACUGUAUGCAGCUGUAAAUAAGACGUUUUUAAUCCUACUCUCUAUGUGCAGUGUUUGUUAUUUUUGGACCUGGAUUCAAUCUGUAUAGCCAAGUUAUCGCAGAAGAUCCGUUUCUAAAAUGUUAAGGUAAUUUCCGAUUGAGCCGACAUACAGUUUGCAGCGAAUGUAGUCUUCGCGACCGCGGGAACAUUGCCUUUAAAUUGUCAAUCGCGCUAUAAAGCGGCUCUUCAGCACUACGGAUUCAAUAGAGUCCUUGGUUUGUGUUUUUGUUGGGGGGGAGUGGAGAUGGCUUUCAGGGCGAACAAAACUGUAGAACAAAGUGAAACUGAAUGAGAGAAAAGUGAUAACGUAUGAGUGUCAGGAGGCUGAUUCAGAAUGUGUGUGAAAGUGUGACUGCUACCAAUAAAAUAGCAGACGAUUUUAUCCAACGCGACUUACAGUAGUGCGUGCAUACAUUUUUUGUAUGGGUGGCCCCAGCGGGAAUCAAACCUACGAUUCUGAAGUUGCAAACACCAACUGAGCCACUGAGAUGUUUCAGCCUCUCCGGGUCCAGUGGAGCAAAAUAAUGUAGAUGUGUACAUAGAAUUAGAAUGAGUUGAACGGGCAUCCCCAUUCAUGUCAAUUAUGCCGUAAUGCACGUGUCAAACUCAUUCCACGGAGGGCGGAGUGUCUGCGGGUUUUCGCUCCUCCCUUGUGGAACUCAACCAGACAGUGUUAAUGACUAAACUGUAUGAUCAAAACUACAUAACAGUAUUUCCACUUCGCUUUCCAUAGCACCUUGACCAAUGCUUUUCUAGGUGGUUGUGUGUCACAUUACAGUAUUAUGAUUUUAUCCUAAUUCAGUAAAAUGUUACUGGAUUUUUACAAAAUGGUAACUUCCGAUCAUUAAAAAACAUUCCUGAUA